GUUUAUAACAGUUUAUCUAAACUAAAUGGCGGAUACAAAAUUAGUUAUUGGAAUUGUAUAUAUAAAAAGUUGCUAUGACAGAAAAUGGCAUGCAACUCCCACACACUACGUUAGUGAUAACAGAACGAAAUUGUCGUUGGGUCCUUGAACAAGUAUGCACGUCGUUCGCUUAACCCUGCACUACAUUUUCCGAUAACAAUUGUUUCAGUUUCGUUGGAAUAUUUGACAAUAGCUGAUGCAUCUAAUUAUUUUUCUGUAAAUGUUAAUUGGCGCGAGUUAAUUGGGAUUCCAGAUAUAAAAACUGAUUCGGGAACUUUGAUUGCGGAGUACCAGUGGUGAGAUAGGAGUGCUCCGCGGUGGACUUAUUUGUUUGUGAAGAUUGUGACUCGGUGCUGGACACAACUUGGACAAAAUGACCACCAGUGACCAAAAACCGGCGGCGCCCGCUGACCCUACGCAAGGGCAGAAAGCGACCGUGAAGGGCCUGCUGCCUGCUGAAAUCGGGACCGACUACAGUUUCAAGAGGAAGAUUGUUUGGAAAAAUGCCUUGGGAUUCCUUGCAUUGCAUCUGCUGGCAUUGUAUGGGCUCUAUAGGUGCUUCUAUUCUCAUCCUCUCACUGUUUUCUGGAGUCUUGCAGUAGGAUUGGCUUCUGGAGAAGGAGUAACGAUAGGGGCACACAGGCUCUAUUCUCACAAAACGUUCAAAGCAAGGUUUAUAUUGCGACUGGGCCUAAUUCUCUUACAAACAGUGGCUGGACAGAACUGUUUAUACGUUUGGGUAAGAGAUCACAGACAACACCACAAAUAUAGCGACACCGACGCAGAUCCGCAUAAUGCGAACAGAGGCUUCUUCUUUUCUCACAUAGGCUGGCUGAUGAGCAAAAAGCAUCCUGCUGUCAUUGAGAAGGGAAAAACUAUCGAUAUGUCCGAUUUGGAAGCUGACUGGUUGGUGAUGUUCCAGAAAGAGUACUACAAGCCCCUCUACGUAAUCUUUGCUAUAGCUAUACCGGUUGCUAUACCAGUGUGGCUUUGGAACGAAACUUACUACAACUCGUUCUUCGUGUGCUACAUGUUCAGGAACAUCCUGGUACUCAACGUCACGUGGUGUGUCAAUAGCUUGGCGCAUUUGUAUGGAACCAAACCCUUUGAUAAGUUUAUCCUCCCGGUAGAAUCCCAGUUUGUGGCGUUCAUCGCGAUCGGCGAAGGUUGGCAUAACUACCAUCACGCUUUCCCAUGGGACUACAGAGCAGCAGAAUUGGGUUCCAAAUAUAACGUCACGACCUUCAUCAUCGACGUCCUUAACUACUUUAACUUGGCUUACGAUCUGAGAAGUGCUCCGUACAAGAUGAUCGAGAAACGAGCUCUGAGGACUGGAGAUGGAACACACCAGGUGUUUGGCUUCAAGAAGAUCUGUGAAGAACAAGACGCCAAGGAUCUCGUCGCAGAAGCUGAAAAUGGUGAAAUGUAUGAAAUCAACAAAGAUGUUAACAAGGAGGUUCACAAGGAUAUCGACGAAGCUAGCCUCAGAAGCAGAGCUUCUGCUGUUGCUCAGGGUUAAAAUGUUUACGCCUUGCCUGAAUGGAUAAUUAUUUGAAAUUAUUAUCACCUUCCAGUUAAGUAAUAGGUCUGCUUUCACUAUGGUUAGACAAAGAGAGCUUAGUAUUAUAUUUAUUUCCAGAAUGAGCUCUAUUUUAGAUAUAUGGUUAUUUGAAAGCUUAAUGCUAGCAACUAUUUAUAUUGUCAAUCGUUAACUAGCCUUAAGAUAAAGGUGAUAUCUAUAGAAAAAGUGUCAAGCCAACUUUGAAUAGGGUUUCUUUAAAUGUCUAAGAAGUUCUGGAAACAGUACCGGUAAGGACGAUGAGUUUUGUCUUCCAUUUUGUCACUCAACCAUAAGCAUAUCCAAAAUUCCUUUUCAUCUGUUAAGAAUUUUCAUUUCUUAAAUUGUUGCCACUAACGAAAAGGUACCAAGUAUUAUAUUCCUAUCAAUUCAUUCAUGAUAAAAUGAUGCUUCUCUUCAGUACUUGAUGCAAGUGGGUAGUAAUAAUUCUAAGAAAGCUGAUAAAAAUGGACUGUAAAUUGUUAAAAUAAUUAUUUUCUUUGACGUUGUUACAGUAGGUUGUAGUCAUUCAAUUAUAAUAAGUGUGAUAUGUAUUUGCAUUUGCAUAGUUGUUUAAAGUGUAAAUACGUCUAGCCGGAUUAUUUAUUUUAUUACAGCAUAUUGCUCAGUACAUGUGUAAGGUAUUUUUGUGAUUGUAUUUAAAUAAAG